GCGUGCAGACUUCCCGACUCGGCCACCGGGCAGCAGGCAGGACGAGUGCCGCCGGGUCCGGUCCUUUAAGCCUGCGCAGUGGCUGCUCAGUUGAGCAGUCAUGGAAAUCCCACCGACCCACUUCCCAGCCUCCAGGGCGGCCUCUGUGGCGGAGAACUGCAUCAACUACCAGCAAGGGACUCCUCACAAGGUGUUUCUGGUGCAGACAGUCAAACAGGCCAGCAUGGAGGAUAUUCCAGGAGGAGGGCAUAAGUAUCGCCUUAAAUUUUCUGUGGAAGAAAUUAUCCAGAAACAAAUAACAGUGAACUGCACGGCCGAAGUCCUCUACCCUCCUGCGGGGCAGGACACCGCACCAGAAGUCAGCUUCACGUUUGAAGGAGAAAUCGGCACGAACCCAGAUAAAGAAGAUACUACAUUUUAUCAGAGACUCAAGUCCACGGCAGAACCACUAGAAGCGCAAAAUAUUCCAGACAGUUUUGGGAAUGUGCCUCCCGAAAUGAAACCAGUUCGGCAUUUAGCCUGGGUCGCCUGUGGUUAUAUAAUAUGGCAGAAUUCUACUGAAAACACAUGGUACAAAAUGGUCAAAAUUCAAACCGUCAAGCAAGUGCAAAGAAAUGAUGACUUUAUUGAAUUAGACUACACCAUUCUGCUUCAUGACAUUGCAUCUCAGGAGAUCAUUCCCUGGCAGAUGCAAGUUCUCUGGCACCCCCAAUAUGGCACUAAAGUAAAGCAUAACAGCCGGCUGCCAAAGGAAGCACACGUAGAGUAAGCCAGGGCCCACGCACUGCGAUGAAGUAGUGAAAACAGGCCUGCGGUGAUGUGCACGCUAGUUUUCAUUUGUGUCCAGUGUAAGGAGCCAACUCCAUUCAACCCAAAAGUGUCUCUCUUGUUAUAAAUGUCUUGAUUAUAGUACAGAAUUAUAUCAAUUGCAUAAUGAAAGGUGUCACUGUCUAAAGACAUCUUAAUUACAGCAUAGUCCUAUGUAUAUUCCAUAAUAAAAAGCUUCAAUUCCA